AUAACAGCCCCUGGGCUAGCAGGAGGGGACAGAGCAGAGCCUUGGCAGAAGCUGCUGGUGAAGGAAGCUGCCGCUGUUGGUAGUAUCACGGAGGAUCCUGUAGACUCCCAGAACCCGGGGACCGUCGUGGUUUGCAAAAGAGAAGAAGAAAGGAGAGUUGGACGGUCAGGAGUGUCCAAGUAGGAGCACCACCCCCGGGGACACCUGUUCCUCUCCCUCCACCCCACUCUCCACCCCCCUCCGACCCUGCGCCACUCGGCGCGCCCGGGAGCGGAAUGAAUCCCAUGCUGGGCAACCAGACGGAAGCGGCUGGGCUUUUCUUGGCCAACAGCAGUGACUCGAUGGAGCGGGUCCUGCGCUGCUGUACACAGGCAUCCGUGGUGACAGACGAUGGCUUUGGGGAAAGCGGGCAGGACGAACGGAGUCUGUACAUUAUGCGAGUGGUACAGAUAGCCGUUAUGUGCGUCCUGUCGCUCACCGUUGUCUUUGGCAUCUUCUUCCUCGGCUGCAACCUGCUCAUCAAGUCGGAGGGUAUGAUCAACUUCCUGGUGAAGGAUAGGCGACCAUCCAAAGAGGUAGAGGCGGUGGUUGUGGGACCUUACUGACCUUCCCCUCCUUCGCCACAGCUUGCCCCC